AUGGUCUUAAGCAAGCCGCUUGAGCAUGAUAUGAAAAGGUUGAGCUCAAGUUUACGUUCCCUUGGAUUUAGAACUUCUAAGGCUGAUACAUCUUUAUUAAUACAUGUUACUCCUACGUCUUGUUGCUAUGUCUUGAUUUACGUUGAUGAUUUGAUUAUUAUGGAUAGCUCUGAGAAAGAUGUGAAUUCUUUAGUUCAUUCUUUAAAUAGUCAAUUUGCACUUAAGGAUUUGGGAAAACUGAGCUACUUUUUUGGAGUUCAGGUGUCAUACCCAACUACUGGAGGUUUGUUUUUAUCUCAAUCAAAGUAUAUUAUUGAUUUAUUACAGAGAACAAAAAUGUUGGACGCUAAACCUAUCUCUACACCUAUGGUAAGUGGUCCUUUUCAAGGGGAACCAUUUCAUGAUGUGCAUCUGUAUAGAAGUGUUGUUGGUGCAUUACAGUAUGCCACACUUACUCAUCCUGAGAUAUCCUAUAAUGUCAAUAAAUCUUGUCAAUUUAUGCAUUCUCCAAAACAUACAUACUGGCAGCUUGUGAAGAGAAUUCUAAGAUAUCUUAAAGGUGUACUAUAUCAUGGAUUAUGGUUUCGUAAGUCUGAUAAUAUGUCCUUAGUUGGCUUUGCUGAUGCGGAUUGGGCUUCUGAUCCAGAUGAUAGGAAAUCUACUUCUGGUUUAUGUGUUUAUUUUUUAAAUAACUUAAUAUCUUGGUGUUCCAAGAAACAAUCUAUUAUUUCCAGAUCUAGUACUGAAGUUGAAUAUCGUUGCCUUGCUCUUUUGGCAACCGAACUGGUUGGAUUCGUUCUCUCUUGA